AGAAUAUAAAUAUAGUUUCUGUUCCGUGCGUUGAUUGGUUCAUCGCUCACUCACUUGGUUUCGUUUGAAAAUGCGCAACCAAGGAGUAGUGGUUGUUGCGCUCUUCCUUCUCGGAUCCAUCGCUCUUACGCAAUCUCUUCCUUUCAUCGUCUUACACGGUAUUGGAGAUCAGUGCAAGAAUGGAGGAGUCACGAACUUUGUGAAGCUUUUAAGUGAUUGGUCUGGUUCUCAAGGAUACUGCAUAGAAAUUGGAAAUGGAAUGUGGACUUCUUGGACCAAGCCCCUAAUAAAACAGACGGCUAUUGCAUGUGAGAAGGUAAAGAAAAUGAGCGAUCUAAAACAAGGUUACAACAUUGUUGGACUUUCUCAGGGCAACGUGAUUGGUAGAGGGCUUAUUGAAUUUUGUGAUGCCGGACCUCCGGUUAAGAAUUUUAUAUCCCUGGGCGGUCCACAUGCUGGCACUGCUUCAAUUCCAUUAUGUGGGUCUGAGAAUGUAUGCACUCUUAUUGACAGUGUAAUAAAAUUUGGGGUCUACAGCAACCUAGUCCAGAAUUCUCUGGCUCCCAGUGGCUAUGUUAAAAUGCCAAUAGAUAUUGCUGGCUACCUUAAGGGGUGUAAGUUCCUUCCAAAGCUUAACAAUGAAAUCAUCAAUAAGAGGAAUUCCACUUACAAGAAACGAUUUUCUAGCUUAGAAAACUUGGUCCUUAUUAUGUUUGACCAUGAUACCAUUCUGAUACCAAAAGAAACAGCAUGGUUUGGUUUUUAUCCAGAUGGGGCCUUACAUUCUGUUUUACAACCGCAGCAGACUAAGUUGUAUACUGAAGAUUGGAUUGGCUUAAGGGCAUUAGAUGAAGCUGGGAAAGUCAAAUUCUUGAACAUGUCAGGCGAUCACCUGGAUAUCUCUCGCAAGGACAUGAAAACUUAUAUUGUCCCAUAUUUGAAGGACAAUAGUUAUGUAGUGCCAUAUUUGAAGGAUCAAAUGCAAGAAUCAUUCCAAUCUUGAUAUGUAGUGCCAUAUUUGAAGGAUCAAAUGCAAGAAUCAUUCCAAUCUUGAAAAACCAUUUGGUCUAAAAUGAAUAUUUAUUACACUCACACUGAUAAUUAUUACUAGAUUUUGCCCUGCGCGAUGCGCGGGAUUUUUUCAA